AUGUCGUCCUUGCGACCACUCGUUUUGCAGAAUUUUACGAAAGCGUCGUCCGCUCUGCAUCUACGAGUCCGUCCUCGGACAAUUCCCCAGACACAUCUGUUGCGUCGUGCUCGUGCAUUUACUUCCAUACCGGGCAUACCAACGCCUGAAGAAGAUGAUGAUGAUGGCGCCAAAGGCAAGAAACCUGGAGAUGACGAAAGCAGAUGGAAUCCCAUUUUCUGGAAGUCUCUCGAGUCUACAUUUACUACACUCGCAUCGGUGACCGUUCUUGGACUCAUUGGAUACUCGUAUACGCGCUACUACAAGGCUUUGAUUUUGAGAAAGAUGGAACACGCCUUUGCGCCUGGUGACCCAGUCCUAGAACUUGCUGCCAUGUCCAAGAGCGAAGAUGGCCAUCGCGAGCACUGGAUUCUCCGUGAUGAGCAAACCAAACUUGACGCCAUCGUUCGUGGUGAGCUCAAAGGACAAUACUAUCUGAUUGUGGGCGAAAAAGGGACCGGCAAGAGUUCCAUGCUCAUCGAUGCCAUGUCGAAGAUUGACGGUGAAGGUGUUGCCAUGUUUGAUGCUCACUCUGAUCUCGAAAUCUUUCGCGUACGCCUGGGAAAAGCCCUCGAUUUUGAGUAUCACGAAGACAACAUUGGGUCUCUCUUCUCCAUUCGUGGACCGCGUGAUGCUUCUGCAUUGCUCGAUAUAGAGAGAGCAUUCAACAAACUGGAAAAGGUAGCACUACGCCGAAGGGCAACUGUCGGACGACCACUUAUUAUGAUCAUCAACAACAUGCAUCUGUUGCGAGACGAUGAAGAUGGACGUGAUCUCCUCGAAUUGCUACAGCAGAGGGCUGAACAAUGGGCCGCCAGCAAUCUGGCCACUAUAAUCUUCAACAGCGAUGACUACUGGGUCUACGAACGACUAAAGCAGCUGGCGACCCGUAUGGUUAUUAUGCCGGUUCCCGACUUGCCUCGGGACAAAGCCAUGAUGGCCUUGAGCAACUACCGAGCAAGAUACCACAGUGACAAACCUCUAGACUCGGCAAUUCUGGAACAGGUCUAUCAGAAAGUUGGGGGUAGACUUGCUUUCCUCAAUCGCGUCGCAAAGUCUCCUGACAUGCUUCAGACGUGUGAAGAUAUCUGUCGGUCAGAAAAGACCUGGCUUCUGUCACAGACUUGGAUCCUUGGCGAGGAGAUGGAUGAUGAUGUGAUGGAUCAACAAAAAUAUGCCUCAGCUGCAAUGGUAUUGGCAAAAGCACUGGUAGACAAGGAGAAAGAAGACAACUUGCAGUAUGACUCCGAGAAGGGCCACGUGCUUCCUGAGAUACCUUUGCACAAGGCGAGGCAGGUCAUGACGCGAGCCGACUUUAUUCAGAGUUACGAUGCCAUCAAUAUUUUCACGAUUGACAGCAAGGCCAUGGUAAGAGCCGAUUCGGUCCCAAUGAUGAAUGCUUUCCGGGAGAUUUGUGCCGAAGAGGGCUUCGAUGAAUACCUGGAGGCAACUCUGGACCGUAUCUCUGCUAUCGAGAGCUUGGGACGUACUCGCGAGCUUACAAUCAAAGAUUUAUGGGAUGGAGGAAAGUACCGUGUCACUACCCGUGAUGCAAAGGGUGUCAUCGAGAAGCUCAUCAAUUUUGAGGUCGAGGAAAAGGAAGAAGACAAGGACGAUGAAGAUGAUUGA